CUCUCUUUGCUCAUAAUAACUUGUGUCAUGGUCUCGACGGCCUCUGCUAGAAAUUUCUAUCAAGACUUUCACAUUUUAUUCGGCGAACAACGUGCACAAAUACUCGACGGAGGACAACUUCUCACCCUCUCCCAGGACCAGACUUCCGGCUCCGGCUUCAUUUCUCAGAACCAAUACCUAUUUGGACGGUUUGACAUGCAAAUGAAGCUAGCCCCCGGGAACACUGCUGGUACUGUCACCACGUUUUAUUUAUCAUCUUCAGGGAACCAUCAUGAUGAGAUUGACUUGGAGUUUCUUGGAAACACUUCCGGGAAUCCUUACACUCUCAGUACUAAUAUCUACACUCAGGGAAUAGGGGGCAGGGAACAACAGUUCCAUCUUUGGUUUGAUCCCUCCGAAGACUUCCACACCUAUUCUGUCGUUUGGAAUAUCCAUCGCAUUAUAAUCUUUGUGGAUAACAGUCCCAUUAGGGUUUUCAACAACCUGGAACUACUUCAUGUUCCGUAUCCUUCGAGCCAGCCCAUGACGAUUUACGCCAGUUUCUGGGAUGGCGAUAGCUGGGCUACACAAGGUGGGAGUGUGAAGACUGACUGGACUCAAGCUCCUUUCACUGCCUCUUAUGGAAGAUACAGCAUCAAUGCUUGUCUAGGAUCAGACCACCAAGGCUUAUCAUCAUACCCGUACUCAUACUCAGACUGUGUUCCAACCUCCACGAAUAUGUCAAAUGUCGAUAAUUCAUGGAGAAACCUAGGGCUUGAUGCUGCAGGUCGAAACAGGCUUCGAUGGGUUCAAACGAAGUACAUGGUCUACAAUUACUGUGCUGACCGUAAUAAGUUCCCCGGUGGUCUGCCACGGGAAUGCAAGCAUUCCAAGUUCUAG